AUGGUCAAGGAGACUGGAUACUAUGAUACCCUUGGUGUUAAAGCAAAUGCCACCCCUGAUGAGAUCAAAAAGGCAUACAGAAAAUUAGCUUUGAAAUACCAUCCUGACAAGAAUCCAAGCGAAGGUGAAAAGUUUAAACUAAUUUCUCAAGCCUAUGAGGUGCUGUCUGACUCCAAGAAGCGAGGCCUCUAUGACAAGGGUGGAGAACAAGCUAUUAAAGAAGGCGGGAUGGGUGGAGGAAAAUUCUCCUCUCCCAUGGACAUCUUUGACAUGUUCUUUGGUGGAGGUGGGCGCAUGAACAGAGAGAGAAGAGGUAAAAAUGUGGUGCACCAGUUGUCUGUAACUUUGGAAGAGAUCUAUAAUGGAUCAAGUCGGAAGCUGGCACUACACAAGAAUGUAAUUUGUAACAAAUGUGAAGGACGUGGAGGAAAGAAAGGAGCAGUGGAGAAAUGUACCACAUCAAGGGCCGUGGUAUCCGGGUUCAUGUAGAGCAGCUUGCUCCAGGCAUGGUCCAACAGAUUCAGACUAUGUGCUCUGAGUGCCGAGGUGAAGGUCAACGCAUUAAUCCUAAAGACCGAUGCAAACCGUGUAAUGGCAACAAGGUGGUACGAGAGAAAAAAAUCCUUGAAGUGCACAUCAAGAAAGGCAUGAAAGAUGGGCAGAAAAUUGUAUUCCAUGGGGAAGGGGACCAAGAACCAGGUUCAGAGCCAGGUGAUGUAGUUAUUGUGUUGGAUCAGAGAAAGCACAAGGUAUUUCAAAGGCAAGAGGACAAUGUGAUUAUGAAAAUGGAGAUUCGGUUAGUUGAAGCGUUGUGUGGGUUUAAGAAAACAAUCGAGACCAUGGAUGGCCGAACUCUUCUAAUCACAUCAUAUCCUGGUGAAGUCAUAAAGCAUGGGCACAUGAAAUCUAUACAGAAUGAAGGCAUGCCUUUACAGAGAGAUCCGUUUGAGAAAGGACUACUUAUUAUUAAUUUCCUGGUGGUGUUUCCUGACAAUGACUGGAUUCCCACAGAGAAGCUACAUCUACUGGAAGCGUUGCUUCCAUCCAGAGAAGAAGUUAUGGUCACUGAUGACAUGGAUAUUGUAGAACUUGUGGAAUUAGACCCAAGAGAGCAAAGCAGACAUUACAGAGGAGAGGCCUAUCAAGACGAUGAAAGGCAGAGAGGCGGGGUACAAUGCCAAACAUCAUGA